AUGCAAUUCAUCCUUGGCCAAUACGUCUUGGUCGCCUUGUUGCCGCACUUUUGGGGCGUGCGAGCAGUUCCCGGCACCGCCAACAUUGUCCUGUUUCAACAAGCCAAUCUGUGUGGAGGAGGCACAUCGGCGACUGUUAACGACCUGGACCCAGGUCUGUGCGCGGACUUUGGCUUCUUUGGCGCCUGUAUGGUCGCAAUACCUCAGUCCCCGACCUCACCUUUCACAGCUGCCGCCUUUCGGACCGGCAGCUGCCAGAAUGAGCUGGAGCAAGCACAAGCAUUCGUAUGCAUAUGCCCUACGGGUGAUGCCUCGAUAAGGGGAGCGAAAUGGCUACAAGCGACCAACGUCCCGGGCAAACGAGACCUCGGGUCGUCGAACUGCACCACUGUCAAGCCCGACACCUUCACGCACACCGAGAACGGAGUGCAACAUGUCGUUCGCAGCGCUGACAGCCCCGACAUUGUGGCAAGCAUCUUGCAGGGAUUGGAAGACGGAUCUCUCACCGACGAGGACCUCAAGAAAACAAUCCUCAGCUUCGGUGUCAAGACACAACUCUCCGACUGA